CAAACCAAAACAAAAACAAUUUUACAUAAUAUUUUUAUAAAUCCCGCAAUAUUAACAGAAAUAGUUGGUGUUGCAACUUUUUCAUUAUUUUUGCCUGUAAAAUCGAUCGCAUUGUUGCCGGAAUAAUGUCUACAAUCAAGUACAUCGGUCGCACUACCGACUUCAAAGGAAAAACGUUGUGGGAAAUUGUAGGAAACCUGAAAAAUUUUGGAGUUGGACGCAUCGUGGUUCGAAGCAUGUUCGAGCGCUACCCGGAACCGAGUUAUAUGAAAAUCGUUAAUGUCGAAACACUACCGAAUGAGGAAACUCGUAAAGUGAAGGUAACGGUUGAAAAGACAUUCCGCGGCCGAACCUAUCCCAAGCUGGUACAAAUUGAUAGCGUGUCGUAUAAAGCGGAUUAUCGUUUACUUCACAAACACGAAGAGGAAGAAUACUGCAGGGUGGCCCAACGAACGGAAAAGAUAGUUCCAAGGGAAAUCGAUUUGCCUCCGCUAUUGAAGGAAUUCGUCCUAAAAGAAACUGGCCAAAGUGACAAGAAGAUUGCAAUUAAGUUAAAGCCAGGCCAUAACAGCAUUUACCGGUUGGCCAAAGAGGGCGAAAAACCUACUUUCGAUGUGGGGAUGAACCUGGGGAAACCCGCUAGCCCUAGUCUGUAUGCUAAUUGUGACUUGUAAUUUCAUUUAUUAAUAUAAUUAACUUUUUAGAAA